AUGGCGGACGUGGAGAUGAAAGAAGCCGCCAGCUCCUCCAAGGGCAAAGCUGUUUCCAAGGAUACAGGCGACAAGAAGAAGUUUGAGGUCAAGAAGUGGAACGCCGUUGCCCUCUGGGCCUGGGACAUUGUCGUCGAUAACUGUGCUAUUUGCCGAAACCACAUCAUGGACCUUUGCAUUGAAUGCCAGGCAAACCAGGGCUCAUCCACGACCGAAGAAUGCACCGUCGCAUGGGGUAUCUGCAACCACGCCUUCCACUUCCACUGCAUAUCGAGAUGGCUGAAGACCCGACAGGUCUGCCCAUUGGACAACCGAGACUGGGAGUUCCAGAAGUACGGCCGGUAA